AUGUUAUUCUGUUCAUUUCUACGACGGGCUUCCACCGAAGCCCCUGUUCAAUCAAAAUCCGACUUCGAUAUCCCUCCCAUAGACCUCUCUUCCCUUGAGGGCCCGCAAAUGGUGAACCCUAAAUACAUCGUCAUGCCAGAUACAAGCCCUACUCGUGUCUGUCACCACUCUCGUACUCCCACCCAUAUCUUGUUCUCGAAACCUUUACCACCACGACCAGCAUCAACGGAUGUUACCUCACCUCGGCAGCGCCGUGCUAUACAAUCCGAAUGGCAACCCGAUUUUCCAGCGAUCGAACAAAAUUUAAAACGUGCUCCAGCACGAAGAGGCAGGCGAAGUCCAUCCGACGGAAUAUUUCCCGACUGCGACCCUCGAUAUGAACACGAUAUUUCCUCGUGCACACCAUCGGAUCAUCAAUACAGUCCACGUCCUAGACGAUCACAAAGUUGUAUGCCUACGAACCUCAUCUGGCUCGAAGAGGAAGAGCAAUGGGUAGUUGGAAGCAGAUACGUAUCCGACACACGUGAUUAUUUUCACAAUAUUCGAGCUCCUGCUCAAACACCGACAUCACCCGUCUCACCCCUUUCCCUAUAUCGCCAAACGACAUCCAGUCUUGAAACCGACAGGAUCGCGCAUGACCAUCGCCCUACCCGAGAUGAGUUACUCAACCUAUUGUCGCCGCACGGUAGCCAUGAAUUUGGACCACCACUUGCCAUAAGGUCAGGGAAUGAACGAGUUUAA